GCCGAAGACCGAGCGCGUCGCUCCCGCGUCCCCACACCGUUCCCGCCUCGCUUUCGCAGCUAUUGCCCCGAGUUUGGUGGCUCUUGUGUCCCGCCUGGCUCUGCGACGGCUUGGCCCGAUGGCACCUCAGCGGAGGGGACCACCCAGAGUUCCUGAGGGAAAUAGUGCAGCAGAACACCGGCAUGCAAACAGUUCCAAGAAGGACCGGCUGCCUCGGGAGGCACAGAGGACAUGGCUAAGGAUUGUGGCCCUUGGGGUCGGCCUUGCUCUGCUCCCAUUCCUGCUCUGGAGUACUGUGGGGAUCGAUGAUGAUGUUACUGAGGUUGUGGCUCGUCGUGGUGAGGUCUUAGAAGGCAGGUUCAUUGAGGUUCCCUGCUCCGAGGACUAUGAUGGUCACCGAAGGUUUGAAGGCUGCACCCCCAGGAAGUGUGGCAGAGGCGUCAAUGACAUCGUCAUCACCAGGGAGGAGGCGGAGCAGAUUCGCAGAAUAGCAGAGAAAGGGCUCUCCCUAGGUGGAUCAGAUGGAGGGGCAUCUAUCCUGGACCUGCACUCUGGAGCCCUGUCUGUUGGGAAACACUUUGUGAACCUGUAUAGAUACUUUGGGGAUAAAAUACAAAAUAUCUUCUCUGAGGAGGACUUUCAGUUAUAUAGGGACAUUCGGCAGAAGGUCCAGCUCACCAUUGCAGAAGCUUUCGGCAUCAGUGCAUCCCUGUUGUACCUUACGAAGCCCACAUUCUUCUCCCGAAUAAAUAGCACGGAAGCCCAGACAGCUCACGAUGAGUACUGGCACGCACACGUGGACAAGGUGACCUACGGGUCUUUUGACUACACUUCGCUGCUUUACCUGUCGGAUUACUUAGAGGACUUUGGUGGAGGGCGCUUUGUGUUCAUGGAGGAAGGGUCCAACAAGACAGUGGAGCCCAGAGCCGGUCGAGUCUCAUUCUUUACCUCAGGCUCCGAGAACCUGCACCGGGUGGAGAAAGUCCUCUGGGGGACCCGCUACGCCAUCACCAUUGCUUUCACCUGCAACCCUGACCACGGCAUCGAAGACCCAGUACUCACGUGACCAGCUAGGUCAAGUCCUGAGUACCAUGUCCAGAAACCUGUUCAUGGCACCCUCAUGUUGUGAUACAGCCCUGUCAGCAAAGGCACUCCUAGGCCUGGUUGAGUGUGUGCUCAUCUCUCCCACUUCAGCCCAUUGCUGCUGCACAGAGUGCCUUAUGAAUUAUCCCGAGUUGAUCUGCUGAUGUUUUAAUGUUUUCAUCUGUGAGUAAAUCAAGGAAGGAGCCUGUUACCCGAUA